AUGGGGUUGGCUCAGCUCAUUGAGCGCGCAAAGCUCCCUUAUGUCUCACAAUGGAUUAAUGAGGAUAUUCGACCUGUAGAGUCCGCCAGACGAACAUGGGGCUUCUGGACAUUUCACAAUUACUGGUUGCUGAUCAAUUGUAACAUUGCAACCUUCCUGACAGGGAGUGCGCUCAUCCCGUUGGGUCUGAACUGGUGGCAGGCCAUUAUUGCUAUUGUUGUUGGAAACAUUCUUGCCACCACCGCGAUUGUCAUCAGCUCGCUUGCGGGUGCCUAUUAUCAUAUUGGCUUCUCCGUCUACAGUCGUGCAGUCUGGGGCAUGUACGGAUUCCAGUCAUGGGUUGGCGGCCAGUGCUUUGAGCUCAUUCUGCUCUCGUGGGAUCCCAAAUACGAGGAUCGCAUCCCCAACCACAUGCCCGCUUCGACGGGCAUGACAACGGCCCAGUUUGUGUCUUACAUCAUCUUCUUCGUCAUCAGUCUUCCGUUUGUGUGGAUCAAGCCGCAUCGCCUGCAGAAAUUCUUCUAUGUCGCUUGCGUCGUGACCAUGAUCUUCUUCAUCGUCCUCCUGAUCUGGGCCCUGGCAACCAUGGGCAGUGCGGGCUUUGGCGACACCCUGGACUCGGGAACCACCCUUCCCAACACGGGCGGGCCAGGUAGUGUCGCCUGGCUGAUGGUGUAUGGCAUCAUGUCCACGAUUGGCUCAAUUGCUGCCGGUAUCUUGAACCAGAACGACUUUGCGCGUCUAUCCAGGAAGCCGAUGGACGCCGUCUGGGGCCAGCUUCUCCCAUAUGGUCUCUACAGCAUCUUCACCUCCGUCAUCGGCAUCCUUGUUGUCGCGGCCACGCAGAAGCGAUUCGACGGCGAGGCCGUCUGGAACCCGCCAACCAUCUUUGUUCGCCUAUUGGAGAAGGAUAACAGCCCUGGCACGCGCGCCGCGCUCUUCUUCGCCGGCGUUGCCCUGUGCAUCUCCCAAAUUGGCAGCAAUGUCCCCGGAAAUGCCCUGGCCGGCGGAAUCGAUCUGUCGUCCGUGUUCCCCCGGUACAUUAACAUUCGCAGGGGUGCCUACAUCACUGUUCUCCUCAGCCCGGUAGUCAACCCCUGGCAGCUGGUCAACACGGCGACGACGUUUCUGUCGGUGCUGUCCAGUUACGGCGUCUUCCUUGCGCCAAUGACGGGCAUGAUGUUUGCCAAUUAUGUGAUUGUGAAUAAGCGAAAGGUCAAGGUGGACGACUUGUUCCAUGGCCACAGCGGCAGCAUCUAUUGGUACAAGUACGGCGUUAAUUUCCGCGCCCCCAUUGCGUGGGCGGUGGGAGUUGCUCCAACCUUGCCUGGCUUUAUCGCGGCCGUUAAUUUAUCCGUGUCGCUGCCUGCUGGCAUGACGGAGCUCUACUACAUCAACUACCUGUAUGGCUUCGUGUCCAGCGCCGUCGUCUACUCGCUUCUGCACUGGAUCUUCCCUGCCAAGGCUGUCGACGACUUCGUCAGGACGGCUCCGACGGCGAGGGAAGUCCAGCAGUACUACACAGACCGCUGGGAGGUGGAUCUGGCCCAGGCGAGCCAUGUGCUGUCGGACGACGAUGGCUCCGGCGUUAUGCAUCAAUAUGUAGACGUGAGCCCAAAGUUUGAGCCUGCGGCGGCAUUUUGA